CAUGUCCCACAUCGACACCCAAUUUCUAGCUAACAAAAACAGUGGAAUUCCUUUAAAAUGAGGGUUUACUGAAGCCCAAGAGGAAGCUAAGCCAGUUCAAUUAUUUUAUCCCUCACAAUAGUUCCUCGUUAAGCUAGCCAGUUCAAAUGAUUGAGGCUAAACAUGCAGGGCACACAAGUUCAUGGAAGGUUUAACAAGUUGGUUGCUUUCAGAUGUGUUUUAGCAUCUGGCUAUUUGUAUAGAAAAAGUAUAGGAACACAAAAACUGAUCACAGAAUCAGAUACCGAUCACAGAAUCGGAUACGACCUUCUCACAUGAGUUGUAAAUAUGGAAAAUGAUAGUAGGCCUGGUUGCGAUAUUGAUGAUAAUAGCAGCAGCUUAAACAUGGAGUGCAUCAGUAGCCAAAGUUCGACUACUUUGGGAUAUGCAACAACGGAUUUAUCUGGUUCAAGAAGAACAACAAGUGAAACGGCUUUGGAGACUCUGGUCACAUUAAGUCCUUCACAUGGAGUAAUGACCAAGCAACUGGAAAAGCAGAUGCAAUCGCCAGCCAAGAGAUCACUGAAAAUAGUUGAGACAAGAAAAAAGUCAAGAUCGUUGAGGUUUGGUAGACAUGAGGGAUACUCGUUUUCUUCUAUUUCAGUGUUAAAGAAAUCUGAGCCAGGGUUAAGUUUUUUGGGCAUUAGAAAGGAAAAUAUGAAGAUGGCGAAGAGUGGGAAGCAGUCAAAACUUGAUCCUAAAGAAUUGGUCAAACAUGACAAGCAAGGCCUGAGGCCUAUCUGUGAAAGACUAAGAAGGAGCAGAUUGAAUGGCCAUACAUACAAAGAACUGCUCAGAUCAUGGGCAAGGAAGGCUAAGGUGUUCGAUGUUUUGCUUCAAAGUAAGGAUAAGCCAUCUCAAGAGGGUGGUGAUGUUAUUGAAUCUAAUACUUCCAAUGAAGUUGACAAGAGGGUGGUUGAGAGCUCCUCAGUUUUGACAAUGCAAAGGGUGGAGUAUGAUUUAAAACUGCAACUUUGUAGUAGUGAUGCAAAACUAGGCCAUGAUUUAAGUUGUGCCUCUCUUUCAAAGGAUGGAAAGGAUUUUGAGGCUGGGUUCAGCUUGGAAUGCAGGGAAGAACUUGUUGAUGAUAUGCAAUCAACAGAGUCUCAACUAAAUGUUGAAGUUGAUAGAGAACAUAUUGCUUGUGCUAUCUGCGUGCUUGGUGGAGAGCUAUU